GCAAAGCGGCUGUGCUAACUUAUACUCCACCUUUUUCUUUUUAUCACACAAACUUUGGCUUCACUUGGGAUUUCUCCUGGUGUGUGGGGCGUGAACUAUGGUGUCUUUCCUCAGAUGGCUAACUAGUGGUUCCAAGGGCGCUUACGGCAGAGCCUCGUCUUUUCCCCUGACUUGAGACACAGGCUUUCUCCCAUCCUACAUUCUCCGGCGCUGGUGCCCUCCUCUGGAUCUCGUGCUCUGUGUGUGUGCUAAGGCUCAACUGUUUCAGUUUAUCGCCUGGCCUCUCUCAGUCUGGCCCCCGGCCUCUAGCUCAGCCCACUCAGUAUUAGAGCUGGGGAAACUGAGGCAAGGCACAGUUUAGAUUUGGGUCUUUCUUAGGACUUCUUGACGAGAUCGGGCGCGUUCAGGGUGGGAUGGCCGCAGACUCUCGGGACUUCUUGAGACAGAGCCUGGCCCCGCCCGCCUCUCUCCUCCUCAGCCUGACAUCCCUCUGACCUCACUCCUCUCCAGCUCAGUGGCUCCCACUCCCAGGAUAAAAUUCCUCUUACGUCAUCUGUGAGCCCCUUGCAGUCCCUCUCGUCUCCCUUCACGUCUGGCCUUCUCUGCUGCACCAGCCCGUGGCUCUCUGAGACGUCUGCAGUUCUUUCCUCCCGGCCUUCCCCUCCCACAUGCCGCUCAACCCCCUCCCCUCCUGCCCAAGCUGGGCCGGGUGUCCACUCUGUGCCCGCAGUCCCUCCGCUUCCCUUGGAUGCAGUGCUGGGCCCUUUGCCACCUUUCUGGCCUCCCCCAAGGGGCGCUGAGCUGCUCAGGGUCAGACAACCAAGUUGGCCCUGACCUGAGGCCACCUGCCUGGCCGAGUGUGACCCGGGUCCCUUGUGCCCCUCCUCCGCCCCUGGCAGGUGCCAACAUUGCCUCUGGUGAAGAAGUUGCCAUCAAACUCGAGUGUGUGAAAACGAAGCACCCGCAGCUGCACAUCGAGAGCAAGUUCUACAAGAUGAUGCAGGGAGGAGUGGGAAUCCCAUCCAUCAAGUGGUGCGGAGCCGAGGGGGACUACAAUGUGAUGGUCAUGGAGCUGCUGGGGCCCAGCCUCGAGGACCUCUUCAACUUCUGCUCCCGCAAGUUCAGCCUCAAGACGGUGCUGCUCCUGGCCGACCAGAUGAUCAGCCGUAUCGAGUACAUCCACUCCAAGAACUUCAUACACCGGGACGUCAAACCUGACAACUUCCUCAUGGGGCUGGGGAAGAAGGGCAACCUGGUGUACAUCAUCGACUUCGGCCUGGCCAAGAAAUACCGGGAUGCCCGCACGCACCAGCACAUCCCCUACCGGGAAAACAAGAACUUGACUGGCACUGCCCGCUACGCCUCCAUCAACACCCACCUGGGCAUCGAGCAAAGCCGCCGAGACGACCUGGAGAGCCUGGGCUACGUGCUCAUGUACUUCAACCUGGGCUCCCUGCCCUGGCAGGGCCUCAAAGCGGCCACCAAGCGCCAGAAGUACGAGCGCAUCAGUGAGAAGAAGAUGUCGACACCCAUCGAGGUCCUCUGCAAAGGCUACCCCUCCGAGUUCUCCACAUACCUCAACUUCUGCCGCUCCCUGCGGUUCGAUGACAAGCCUGACUACUCAUACCUGCGUCAGCUCUUCCGUAACCUCUUCCACCGGCAGGGCUUCUCCUACGACUACGUCUUCGACUGGAACAUGCUCAAAUUCGGGGCUUCCUCGGGCCAGGCUCAGCCCCGUGACAACGAAGCUAUCACGCUGCCCUGCCCCCGCCCCUGUCCCUGUGCCGGGCCCACGUACUCACCCUCAUACUGGUGCCCGGCGCCCCUGGGCACCCAGGGCCCUCCAGAUAGGCCCCUGGAGGAGGUGGAGGAGCUGCCCCCCCAAAACUACUGGCCUGUGGUCUGGACUCCGGGGCCCCAGUUCUGACGUCACCAGGUGUGUCUGAGCCCAUCGGGGCCAGGCCUGAGGAGGUGUCCCUUGGCCUGGUGGGGUGCAGUGGAGAGGGAGUGGUGAAGGCCCUGCCGUGAGAUUCUUGGGGAUGAAUCAGCUGCCUGAUGAACCGAGCCUGAAGGAGGGACGAUGUUCGCUGCCCUGGAGGGCCUGGUGGGAACGGGCACCGGGAGCGGCUUCAGCAAGACCCCGACGGUGGCCUCUGUAUUGAACUUGAACUCAUUAAACGCCCCUCACCUGUACCGCGCUUCAUGCUGGUGUGCCUCUCCUUUCGUGGCGGACGUCAGAUGCCCAGGACCCGAGGGCUUAUUCUCCUGGACGUGGGGGUCAGCGCUGGGUACCGUUCCCUAAGGAGUUCGACAGAGGUCGGGCGGAGAGCCGCGGUCCCACGGGCCAGGGGACUCGAGGGGUGGGGGUGGGCGAUGGGCAGUGGGGCACCUUGCACCCCAGACCUUCCAGGUGGGAGUGUGGCCGAGGGCCAAGGGCCAGAUCUUCUCGCCAAAGGGCAUUCGUUGCUCAGGGCAUCUGGACACCGGGCACUCACUCAUUCGUGUAGAAAGUCAUCCCUGGGUCGGCUUCAGGGAUGGGCCUGGCCCUUCCGCUCAGUGUAGCUCCAAGAAUGGGUUUUAUGUUGUCAAGGCUUGCACCAUGCAAUAUGGUAGCAGCCACUGCCUACGUGUGGCUAAUUUUUAAUUAAUUAAAAUUAAUCAGAGCUGAAAAUGUAGCUCCUCAGUCACAUUUGCUACGUUUCAAGUUGUCAGGAGCCACAUGUGGCUGGUCAGUGGCUUUCCUGUCCAACGAGGCAGACGUGAACAUUUCCAUCAUCACAGAAAGUUCUGUGGGACAGUGCUCCUCUAGAUGGCUCCUUACAGAACCUCUCGUGGAACCAUCCAGCUGACAAGAUCUCAUCUCAAGCCAGGCCACGAGCACCCUCCCUGCCCAUUGCUGGCACCCUGACCCCUUCCUGGGGUCCCCUUUGAGGCAGGCUCUAGAGUCAGAAGCUGAGCAGAGGUACCCACAGCCUUAUUCUGCACCGAUCUCUGACCUGAGGGCCUGGACUGGAUCACUGGGCGCCUUUGACCCCAUCACCACCACGGUGAACUCCACCAUCUCCACCUGCCUGUUGGCGGAAGCAUCUGCAGACAUGCAAUGGGGACCUUCCGUGUCUUCACCCCAAGGCCAGGCCUCUGGUGCCAUUACCAGCACUUAUCUAUGGACUGGACACCAUGCUGGGCACCAAGGGCUACGGACUCCUGUGGGAAGGAUCCCACCCCUGACUGAGAGCGUCUGUCCUUGAAGUGGCCACCCCGUGUAGCAUCAGGGCCCCAGAAUCCCUGGAUCCCCGGAGCCUGGGACGUUGCCGUCAGCACACGGAGCCACUGUGUUCCGCGGUCCAACCAGCAGGCCAGGAGGAGACUCGGUAUAGCCAAGGACAGGGGUCCGCACAACAGGGCUGGUUGCUUGUGUGACUUUGAUGUUGACCUUUUGUGUUCUCUGUGGGCAAAUAAAAGCCAAGAAACCUC